CCAUCUGCUAGUCAUGAGCAGAUGACAAAUUCACUGCAUUGCGUCUUGUCGCUACUUCCAAAUUUGAAACUCACAAUCAGCUUCCCUGAAAAACUCUGCAGUUCAAGAGUGCCAUCUUGAGGCUUCCUACGUAUAAGGACUUUGUGCUGAUUGAACCUCCAGUAUUCAGGGAGUUAUUUACACUUAAAAUAUCAUUUUUAAAAGGCAUGAGCAUGUGUAAAUACAGAGGGGCAGUUAAUUUCUGCUGUGUCUUACCUGGAGUUAAGGGAUCCAGCCAACAGAAAUGUCACCCAUAGUCAAGAUUUUCAAAAGCAAACACCCCUAGUGAGUGCUCUGCUUUGGGAUAUUCUAUUUGAAAUGCCUCAGGAGAUACCUGUUGUUCAGACUGUGCUCAGUUCCAGCUUUCUGAAAAAUCAAUGAACUUGCUAAGUAUUUUAAGCCAGAUUGCACUCGAUGGGAAGUCAUAAAACUGUGAAUUUGACUGAAGUCCAGAUGAAAAGCAAUCUACCUCCAGCUACAGGAAGAAGUCCUGCUUGUUUUCCAGCAGCAGCAGCAGCAGCAGCAGCAGCCUGCAGCAGAAGGUAAUUUUAUCCCCAGCAUUUAGUACAGCUACGACACAUCUCACAAAAGAAAUCCAGCAUCGGCUCUGAUCAUCCUUAAACUACCAGGAUCUGAGUCAUAUCCCGGCCUGGAAGGAGGAGUGGGUUAUGUUCAAAAAUGAGACUGAAGGACACACAACAGGAGAAAAUAAUUUCAUUGGAAGGAGAAGAACAGCUUGUCUGCCUUGAGUUAAGCCAUCUCUGCAGUGAUUUGGAGUGGUAAAUGCAGGAACAUUCCCUGGAUAUAGCUGUGAGGUAGAAACAGAACUUGGAAUGGGAAUGGUUUGCACAUUGCAGCUGGGAAAAGCACAUCCAUUUCUGAGCUCUGGGAGGCAAAGGCAGCCCAGGGAGGCACUUGCAGGGUGCCUUGCAAAGAGGUGUUAGCUUGGGCUCCCACAGGCUGCUGUGACUCUCCAUGCCAAGAAGAAAAAUGCUAUUUACAAAGGGCAGGAAAGUUGCAGAAUGUUUCUGAAGUGAGAUGCAGCCCUCCUGCAACCCACGCAGCAAUCCAUCUUUGCUGAGCAGGCUCUUUUGAAAACCUGGGCUGGAGAAGAAGAUGAGAUGAUGUGACACCCAAAAUCUGCUGGUUUAGGUUGGCCAAGCAGCAAAAUCUCCAUGAGCAAGUGCAGGUCAAUAACAGCAAAGACCCUGGUGGCAAUGUCAGCUGAGGAGCAGCAGCACUGCACCUUCUGCUGCUCUGCAGCUUCGUGUGGGAUGCUUUGAAACACCUAUUGGUGAUUAUCCCAAACUAUUUAAUUAAUUUUAACUAAUUUAAAAGGUCUCCUGCUCUGCAAAGUCAUUUCCAGUGUCCCAGUGGAAAUGACAGUGCACCAAUGAGAUGGGGAGAGGGAGGCUCUGCUGACAUGAAACCCAUCCCUGGGGGCAGCUGACACUGACCAGGGAAGGUGGGCAAUAGACUGGGGUGGAAAGAGGCAGUGAGGAACAGGUGGAUUGCAUUCAUGGAUGGGGUGGAGACCAGGAGGUGGGUUAAGUAAAAGGUGUAUUUCAUCCCAUGAACACUUGGGAAAAACCAGCUUGUGUUCUCCUGAUCUCCUCCAGAACCAGCAGCAAGGAAGGGCAGGUGUCUCCCACCUUGAUGAGCAGUUGGAGAUCACAGCCAUAUCCACCCAAACCUGCAGAGACUCGGUGGUUUUGGGACCCAGGAGCUCCAGUGCCCACAUGGUUGUGAUCAGAAGUGGGGCUGAACUUCCAGGCGUGUUUCCAGACCCCUCAGGCAAUCACUGCUGAACAAUACUGUCUUCAAGAAACAGAACAGUGAUGAUUCCACCUGACAGCCUUUCCAGAGAAGGGCCAAGGAAGCAUCCAAGAAGUCACAUCAUGCACCACUACAAAUCUCCAGGAAUAAAGCAACACCAGUGGUCUGGCUUCUGGUAAAAUGUGCAUUUCUGCCAUGCUACUACUCCUCCCAAAUAAAUUUUUCUACUAGUGUCCCACGUCUGCCCUUUUCUCCAGCGACAGGAUAUCCUUCAUUUGUCUGCACCAAGAGCAGAUGAGCACUUCUUGGUGUUGUUUCCCAAGUCUGCUGAUGGGAGGGUCAGCAGGGGCCAAAGCAGCUGCAACAAGGAGAGGAAAGAUAACCAUGGCAACCCAAGUUAUCUGCAUCCUCCAUGUAUUUCCUUCUCCCCACCCUACAGCAUAUCUUUCCCACCCAAACCUCAAGCCAAUAGAGCCAGUGACCAGCUGGCAGGAUGGGGACUGCAGCAGUGUCUCCUGCACCCAGAGUGUCCGGCUGCGUUUUAGGGCUCACCACUGCAGGCUGAAGUCACCAAAAAGAGACUGAAAUCCUAGAGAGGGACAGCUUGCAAAAAGCAGAGAGCUCUCCACUACUGUAGAUGGGGCUCUGGAUAUGCUGCCUUUGCUCCAGAGCUGCAGAUCCAUUGAUGCUGCUCCUGGUUUUGGCUCUGGGCUGUAACCCCUCCACAGCAGCAGCAGCAGCAGCUUCUCCGCCUGUGCCCCACGUCAAACCCAGCUACAGCUUUGGCCGGACUUUCCUGGGACUUGAUAAAUGCAACGCCUGCAUUGGGACAUCCAUAUGCAAGAAGUUCUUUAAAGAGGAGAUAAGGUUUGACACCUGGCUUUCUUCUCAUUUAAAGCUGCCCCCCAGCUCCCUGCUCAGCUACUCGGGCAACUACACGGACGAUGCCAAGAGCUGGCGGCUGGUGGACAUCACCCGCCUGACCUCCAAGUACCAGCACGACCGGGCGGACAAGCGCAUCUGCACCUCCCUGCUCAGGACCAGGAGCUGCAGCCUGGAGCACACCCUGCACCGCACACAGAGCUUCCAGAAGUGGCUGCGGGCCAAGCACCUCAGGGCCGACCUGGUGCAGGGCCUGCCCAGCCCCCUGCUGCGCUGCCCAUCCCAGCGGCUCCUGGACAGGAUCGUGCGGCGCUACGCCGAGGUGCCCGACGCCGGCAGCAUCUACAUGGAUCACCUCACAGACAGGGACAAGCUGCGCCUGCUCUACACUCUGGCAGUCAACUCACACCCCAUCCUCUUACAGAUCUUCCCCGACGUGGAGGGCUGGCCCUUCCCGCGGUACCUGGGCUCCUGCGGGCGCCUGCUGGUCAGCGCCAGCACCCGGCCCCUGCGCGACUUCUUCGGCGCGGCGCCCGAGGUGGCCGCGGACCUGGCGCUGCAGCUCCUGGCCGUGCUGCGCUCCAUGGCCAACAACGACCUCAACUACUUCUUCUACUUCACCCACGUGGACGCUGGCACCUUCGGCGUGUUCAGCAACGGGCAUCUGUUCAUCCGCGAUGCCAGCACGCUGGGCGUCAUCGACAAGGAGGAAGGGAGCCAGCUGAUCGAUGGCCAACAGGAGCACAGAGACAUCUUCAGCUGCCUGACCGCGGACUGCCAGUCUGUGUUAGUGUCCUGCGCCUCCAUCAGGGACCAGCACAGCCUCGUCAUGGUGUGCCAGGAGCUCCUUCCCAAGCUGCUGUCGGGGAAGUUCCAGCCCCUCGUGCAGGAGAGCAUCGACGCCUUCCUGCAGCGCUGCGCCCGCGGCCUGGGCGACGAUGGCGGUGCCAGCGAGGCCAUGGCGGAGCUGGCAGCGAUCCUGAAACCUCUGCGCUCCUGCGACUCCCGCUUCGCCUACCGCUACCCCGACUGCAGAUACAGUGACAAAUACUGACACUGGGGCUGGGCCUGGCAGGGACUGGAGCGGGAAGGAGAAAAAAAAUAUUUGGGAAAUUUAGUGACUACAAGACAACGGACAGGGAUUACAUCAGGUGCAGUGCAAAGAACCAAAAGAGGCCAAAACUAACUACACAGGUGUUGUAAAAGCAGGGGGAAAAAUCAGGGAGGAAGACACAACUUGGAGGGGAAGAUACGAGGGGCAUGGCAUGG